GGCACACAAGAGGAAAGGUUGGGACUAUUCCGUUUCCAGUUUAGUCUUAGGAAGACGGAAGAUCUGUAUAGUGGAGCAACAUGAACACGUUCACCCACCAGACACAGCAGCUGUUUUUAGAUGGAUGCCCAACACUCUGACUUGACUGUCGCAGUUCACUUGCUUGUCAGUAAAGGUGAUUUCACGGCAUUCCACCAAGCAAUUGACCGACUACUGCAAGGCCUUAAUGUAGAGACACCCCUCUUCCUGAUUUCGGAACAAGGUGCUCCAGUACCAAGAUAUGAGUGUCGGAAGAGGAAGUUUGAAUUUCCAGGUAUCUCAGUGACACUUUUCCUCCGUGAAGAUCUGGGUGAAGAAAGGAUCUCUCUUCUGCAUAGCUUCUUCCAGCUACCACCUUGGGAUCAUGUCAAUACCGAGCUUAACUUGGGACAAUUUUGCACAUUCAGUCAAAAUAGUGAUGAGUUUUACUGUCUGGAUGUGCAUACGCCAGUUUGGGGAAUCAGACGGGUACACUAUGGGACAGAAAUUCUGAGAGUUACCUUGUACUGUAGCUGUGACAACUAUGAGGAUGCAGUACGGCUUUAUGAAACCAUUCUGGGCAUGGAGGCAACCAGCCAGAAGUUUGGAUUCUGCUUCUUUGUUUUACAUUCUACGAAGCAUAUAUCCAUCCAGCUCUCACUAAAGCAGCUGCCCCCUGGGGUGUCUGUACAAGUGAAAGAUGCCUGUGCUCUGCAGUUUACUAUACAAGCAAUAGGACAACUUGUUCCUUUGUUGCCCUACCCCUGUGUGCCAAUCAGUGACACUCGAUGGCAAACCCAAGAUUAUGAUGGCAAUAGAAUCUUACUCUUGGUCGCUGAUAGCAGCUGGGUGGCACCAGAUGAUGGAACACUUACAUUUCAGCCUCAAUCAAAUCCUUUCACCGCUCAGAUAUUAUCAUUGGCUAAACCAACCAAAUCCACACAGGAAGAGAAGCAAACUGGACUUGCAGAAGUGAAAUGCCUAAAAACUUUUCAAGCACCUUGCACAGCAUUCACUCUCAAAGAAAAAUGCCACAUAUUCAACAGAGUCUGUAGACCCAGUCUACAAUCUGAUGAGACAGAGACCAAUGUAGAUACUGGACACGAAGUUCAAAAUCUGAGACAUCAUCCAUUUUCUGUUUACAGACUGUCCAGGGAUCCACAGAAAAAUCCAGUUUGUGAACACAAUCAAUGUUUUCUUGCAGCUUUCAAAGAUGCAAAACAUUUAGCCUCAACAGAAGGGAACUCCAAACUCCCUCCGGCUGUCAAGCAGAACAAAGGAGUUCACAUCAGCAUCAAGAUACCUCACUCGGGGAGAUCUCAUGGAUACCAUAGCAAUGGCAACCAGCUUAGAGAGGAAUUUUUUAUUUGAUAUUAGCUAGUGGCCUUAUCCUCCUUACACUGCAGGAGUGGAAUCCAUAAACACUAC